AUGUCAUCGAACGGCGGUGCAAAUGACACCCGGAGCAGAGCAGUUCCCGAACCCCUUCAAGUCGUUAUCGUGGGCGCUGGCAUCGCGGGCCUAAGUGCGGCCAUUUUCCUGCGCGAACAGGGUCACAAGAUCACCGUACUUGAGCGGUCGCGGUUCGCCAAUGAAGUGGGAGCUGCGCUGCACAUUGCGCCUAAUUCACAUGGCUUGUUGAAGAGAAUCGGCAUAUACGCCCACCAUAUAAACGGUACCCUCAUGAGAUCGGUCACGGAAUACGACAUGAGUAACACCUUGAAGCGAGAUGUCGAUUUGACAGAGAACAACAAACUAUGGCAACAUGAGUGGAGCCUAAUCCAUCGUGUCCACUUACACGAGGAGCUUAAGAGAAGAGCCACAUCCACUGAAUACCACGGAUAUCCAGUCGAGCUUCGUACCGCAUGCCCCGUUAUUGAAGUUGAUCCUGCAUCGGCGACUGCGACAUUGGAAGGCGGCGAGCUCGUGCGAGGAGAUGUUCUCCUCGGCGCUGAUGGUGUCAAGUCUGUUACUCGGUCGAAGCUUGUCGGGGGCGACAUCAAACCAAAGCCAUCCGGGAAAAACGCCUUUCGGUUUUUAGUACCUCGCCAGACCGCUCUGGAUGAUCCUGUCACUCGAGACUUCGCAACCAGAGAUGGCCAGCUCAUUAUCUGGCAGCUCAACUUUGUAUGCAUACAUCCGAGGGAAGAAAGCCAAUCCGCAGAAAUAGCGGAAGGGGAAUGGAAUCUCUCGGUGCGCAAGGAUCGUCUGCUAGAAGUCUACAAAGACUUCCACCCCUCAAUUGUGGCACUUUUAAACAAGGCAGAUGCGGACUCGCUGAAGGUCUGGGAGCUCCUAGAUAUGGACGCCCUUCCCACAUGGGUUGAGGAUCGCUUGGCUCUCCUCGGAGACGCAGCUCAUCCCUUUCUCCCUCGAAAGCUUACAACUCAGGCAGAUCAGGGACAAGGAGGUGCAUGCGCCAUCGAGGACGCUGCUUCCCUCGGUGUUGUUCUUCAGCGUGGUGUGCGUUAUGAGAACAUUCCAGAAAGACUCCGCCUUUAUCAGGAUAUCCGCAUGGAACGGGCUCACCAAGUGCAAGAGUACUCCCGCAUAGCAGGGCUGGACCUUGGGAAAAGAAAACUUGACAUGAUGGGGUAUACCAACUACAACUUUGGUCACGAUGAAUGGGACUACUCGAUAAACGCCUUCCGGAGUGGGCGCGAAGAGUUGGGAAUGCCUAAACUCUAUUGUUCCCUUGACUUGUGGCGCCGCGAGACUAGCUAUAGGAUCCAGGCAGGAUGGCAAGGAGCGACGUUUGGCACUUUCCUUCUGGAUGGACUUAAGGAAGUAGAUCCAUCAGAAGAUAAGGGAACUAUUGGCGGAGAAGAUGACCAAGGUAUUAUAGCGUACAAGUACAUUCCACGUGUCGGGGAUCGUGGAGCUCCCGAUGUCGAGCACGCUACAAUUCCCAAGGAUAUCAGGCCGAUAAGCCGCUUCAUUACAACCCACGACGUCGAGGCCAAGACAACAUUCUCAGACACCUUGUCCGAGGAGGCACCAUUCCAGACUCUCCCGGAUGGUGUGGAUUUUGCUCUCUGCUAUGCCACAAACAAGUUCCCCGUCUCCUUCUCAGCUGACAGCGACAUCUCAACGUACCAACAUUAUACCCAGAACCUCCCAGGGAUAACAAUCGCGAUAGGUACCGUCCUCCGCGUUGUCGAUAUGCCCCCGGGAGCUCUGUCACCGAUGCACCGAACGGUCAGUUUUGACUACUACGGCGUUGUCCUCGAUGGAGGACAACUCUGCUGA